UGCAAAACGAAAAGGACAACGACAACGAAGACGAAGAUGAAGAUGACGACUUUGAUAUGAACAAAGAGACCGGUGAGAUUGGAGGACCUAGAGGUCCCGAGCCCACUCGUUACGGCGAUUGGGAGCAAAACGGUGUAUGUAGUCUAUAGAUGGUCAUGACCGGGAUGAAAUUUUGUUGCAGAACCACCAAAUGCUUACUACUAUUCAUAAAGGAAGGUAAUAUUGGUUGUGUUGAUCGCAUUGUGUUCUAUUGAUGACUAUGUUGUGAUACAAUGUUGAACAAGCCAGAGCAUCUCAUAUAUACAGCUACAGACAUGGUUUUAGAGGCUUUGCAGCCAAGAUGACAGAGGACCAAGCUUCCCAACUAGCCGAGAUGCCGGGAGUGAUGUCGGUGUUUAGGAAUAUCAGGAUGGCAAGCUGGUGCAAGAAAUGUGUAUAUUUAAAACCAAAAUUGGAAAAAUUGGCAGCAGAUUACUGUCCGAGAGUGAAUGUCACAGAGGGAGAAGAAAGAAUUUUGAUGACUAGAUUGCACACUGUUGCUGACAUUUUCUACGUUGGGUGUGGAUCAAUUUUGGGAUGGAAAUACGAGACUGCCCAUGAAAAGAGCCAAAAGUACAAGGAAGGAAAAUCUGUCCUUGAGCAGUUAGUAGAUAAUUGUUUUGAUGAGUCGAAGAAAGAGAUAUUUGCUAUGAAACCAAUCUUGGAAUAAAAACAUAAAUAAAAUAAAAAAGAAAAAUAAGUUGAGGAAAUUAGAAAAGCGUAUUUUGACAACACAACUUCAAGUAUGAAAUAGUGUUUUCAAAAUAUAGUUUUGAAGAGUUUUACAACAAGUUAAUUGAGUUUUACGAUAAGUAUUAAAUUACACUUAUGGUUUUAUCAUAGUUGUUAACUUCUAUUGAGCUGUGAAAUUACUUUCCAAUUCCAAUUCCAGUAUGGUAUUCUAGCAGCUUUAACUUCACAUCUUAAUAUCGACGAAUGGUCUCCAGCAAGAAAAGGUUAGUUCUAUUCUUCACUUCACGGCUUUACUCGCUUGAAAUCGAUUGUUUUUGCGUCCUUGAAAUGUCUCUUGCUCUUUGCACUUGUUUGUGGUUUGUUUACCGAAAUUGAAACUGCGAAUUUUUGUGUUUAGUUGUUAAAAUUUCAGCUUAAUUUGUUGGGAUCUGGUAUAGAUAAUAUUGCCGUAGUCAAGAUACUGUAAUGGCAGCUCUGAUAAUUCUAGCUUGAAAUUAGGAUUUGAGUAUGUAGAAAAACCGGUAUGAUGGAGUUGUGGAAAUGGAAAUUAUAGAUCAAAUUGAGUGAGAACAUUGGGCUUGGAAGUACCGGUAAAGCGAUAUUACAUUGUUUACAACUCUUUUCAAAAUUUUUAUUUUUUGUUUGUUUGUUUGUUUUUGGAGCUCUAUUUGUUUAACAUUUACUAUACAGUACUUCUGCUUUUAAUAUUUAAUGACUCAAUGCACUAUUGAUUGUGAUACCAAUAUAGAUUUCAUAUCAGAUCCCUGUUCUGUAUAAGAUUGGAGAGAAUUGAAGAUAUAAUAGAUUUUACGCAGGAUAUAAUUGUUAUUCUGGUCUCAGGCUCUUAAGGGCGAAAAGAGAUAAAUUAAUAUUAAGCGAAGUCUAUAAAUUGAAUAGAAUGUUUUGUGGGACGUAAUAGGUACUAAUAUAAAUUGCAGCAUGAAAAUAGAGAAAAUAAAGUAUGUUUAGAACCUAUACGUAGCACAUUUGUUAUAAUUUCUUCUAAAAAGCUCUUCCAUGCCUUUGCUUUAUGGAGAAAUCUGCACAACUUUGAUAUUGUGCAUUAGAGUAGAUUUUUUUGUUAUGCCAUGUUUCAUUUCAGCUUGGCUUGUGUUAUUCUUUGCCUGACUAGAAUUGAAGGCUUCUAGGUCAUUCUACACCGACUAAAUUCUUAGAAGAAGCUAUUAUUUAUCCAGCUUAAUAAUAUUAAUAAUUUCUUUAAUUGAACUAUUUAUUCUAAUAAUAUUAAUAAUUUCCAUAACUUAUAUUAAUGUGAACCCAGCUCAAUAUUCAACAAGAACCAUAUAGAAUUAAUUCCUACAGAAGAGAAGGGUACAAUGAGACCGAGACAGUGCAACUUCUGAGCCGAACCCACAUUCAAUGUUCAUUGAGACCCGGGCAAUUCGUUAAUGAGAGUGAAAACUCAAUGCUUCAUGUGGUUUCACCCUCAUCAAACUAUCAAGUCUGUAUUGAAACCCAUUUCAUCAGUUGGGUAUAACUGGGUUAAUUAAUUAGACUGGCUAAUAAAUUGUUUUAAUCGUGUAGUUGUAGGUUCAGUAUCCUAGCAGCAGCAGCAAUGGAGGUCAGAUUGGAGCCACCACCGGAGGCAAUCACCUCUCCUUGUCAAUGAGCAACAAUCAGCAAAGGCCAUUCAUCAAUCCUCCACAACUAUUUGCAACUGCUGUAGCAUCAUCAGGAUUCCCACAGCAGAUAACAACCCGACCCAAAAUUGGCUACACCAGAAAAAUGGAUUUUACUCUCUGAUGAGACCCUCUUGACCCAACCUUUUGUUUUUUAAAUCUUUAUUUAACAAGGCCUUUGGAGUUUGUAAGAACUAGCCUAUCACCCGUGCUAUGCACAAGAUAAUUAUU